AUGGGGGCAUCUGCUGCCAUGGGGGCAUCUGCUGCCAUGGGGGCAUCUGCUGCCAUGGGGCCAUCUGCUGCCAUGGGGCCAUCUGCUGCCAUGGGGCCAUCUGCUGCCAUGGGGCCAUCUGCUGCCAUGGGGCCAUCUGCUGCCAUGGCAUCCUCUGCUGGCCCUGUAACGCCUCGUGCAGUUACCACCGGAUCCUCCUUCGCACUUCCCCAUCCUGCUUCUGUUCCUCCCUCACUUCCACCCCUGCCACCUGCUGCGUUACCACUGGUUACCAUGCCACUGGUGACCAAGCCACUGGUUACCAUACCGCUAGUUACCACCUCCUCUCAGCAUCAGUCCCCUCCUGCCCCACCUCCGGGCGUGGGUGGGGUGUUGGAGCGAUUGGGGAAGGGAGAGCAGCAGCAGGGGGAGAGCAGUAAAGAAGAAGCAUGUGUGGUGCCACUGAAUUUUGCCCGAGGAGCAGUGGGAGGAGGAGAGGGGACUGUGCAAGAGCUCGCAGCUUUGGAUUGGCUGCCUGGCGGCUCGCACCUCCUUGGCUUAUCUUUUCCUUCUUUGACCCUGCCUGCUGUUACGAUUCCUGAUGUGAAUAUGCGUGAUGUGACUAUUCCGGAUGUGACUCUGCCGGAUGUAACUGUGCCUGCUGCCACCCGGCCUGACUCUUCUCCUGUCAUGCCGUACCUCCCUUCGGGACCUCUUGCUUCUGCUAUUGCUUCUGCUCUUGCUGCGGUUACGCCUUCUGCAUUUAUGCCUUCCCUGGUUAAGCCUCCUCUGAAUACGCCUUCACGGGUGAAGCCUCCAGUCAUUGCUGGGCCUGCCAUUUCAACUCCUGCAGCCACUGCUCCUUUGGUCACUCCGCAGUACGGCUUUUCAGCUGGUGAUGGUGUUGCAUCCCAUGGUCGUUCAGGUGCUGCCAUUCCACCUCCUGAAGUCCAUGCCCGGUCGAUUCCACCUGCCUCCAUCCCACCAUGCCAGCACUCCCUUCAACUGCCUUUCUUGUUCUCUGAGCCCAACUUGGCGCAGCAGCAGCAGGAGGCUGGUGCUCUGCAGCAGCUGAGUUCUCAAUCUCGACGUGCCUUGAGCCAGCAGCAGGAGGCUGGUGCUCUGCAAGGGCAAUCUUUGCAAGGGGAGGGUGCAGGAGGGAGUGAGGAGGACGAGCUGGCACAGCUGGAACAGCUCCGCCAGUUGCUGCUCUUACAGGAGCAGCUUAUAAGGGAGAAACCAGGGGGAGAAGGGCUUCAGCUGAGGAGGCAGAGGUUGAAGGGGAUGAAAGGUGCGGAGUGGUGUGGUGAUUUGAGCCAGCAGGUGGAGAGAGAGGUGGGAGUAGUAGCAGAGAGUGAGAGGCAGUGCCGUUCAGAGGAAUAG